GGGGAUAAAGCUUUCUAAAAACUACAUUAUUAUAUUUCUUCCUCCCCCUUCUCUUUAUAUAAGUGUUGUAAUUGCUACCUAGAAAUAUUCAACCUACAUACAUAUAGGAAAGGAACCUAUUCACAAAUGGUUAACUUACUAGAGAAAUUAUUUGGCUCUUUUGUAUCUGCCAUCACUAGUUAUUUUCACUAUCAUCAACCUCAUGAUCAAACUCAUCACCAAGGAACCAACAAACACAAAAUGACUAAGUCCCGUCCAAUUUCUUUACAGACUGUGGAACUCAAAGUAAGGAUGUGUUGUAGUGGGUGCGAGAGAGUUAUCAAAGAUGCUGUCUUCAAGCUUAGAGGAGUGGAGUCGGUGUCGGUCGAGCUAGAAAUGGAAAAGGUAACGGUAGUCGGAUAUGUAGAACGAAAUAAGGUGCUAAAAGCAGUGCGGAGGCAUGGAAAGAGAGCGGAGUUCUGGCCAUACCCAAACCCACCACUAUACUUCACAUCUUCAAGUCACUAUUUCAAAGAUAUGACGACUGAGUAUAGGGACAGUUACAAUUACUGGAGACAUGGGUAUAAUGUUGCAGACAAACAUGGUACUCUUCAUGUCACUCAUCGAGGUGAUGACAAAGUUAGUAACCUCUUUAAUGAUGAUAAUGUCAAUGCAUGUUUCGUCAUGUGAUCGAUAUAUAUUGAUAGACGUGUUGUGUAAUGUAAUGAUGAAUGUAUAAUGCAAUAAUGUAUGUGUAACUACUAGAUAUGUGAAUGCAACUAGUGUUAAUUAUAGUUAUUCAA